CACUGGGCCAAAAUCAUAGACCAAUAACUGGGACACCCUUAUUUGGGCCUAAUUUUUCAUUUCCAUGAACUCAUCGAGCUAUUGGGCUUUAAUCUCAAUUUCUUCGCAGUUCUUUUUCUUCUUCUUGACCAUGUUUCUUGAAUCUUGAAAGAAAAAAAAGGAGCCGCGCAAAGACGAAAGAACAUAACUCCUGCAACAAGUAAAACCAACCAAUUUGUUACGUAAGGAGCACAGAAAUCAACAUUCUCUAGUACUCGUUGUAACCCAAUUACAGAAGAAGAAGAGAACCCCCACCAACCAUUAUAAGCAGAGAGGAAGAAGCCGGAAUCCGUCUCUUGCGUGGGUACUAAUUUCCGCCCAUCUGUCCAAGUACACCUCGGACCUCCGUUCGCCGGACAAUGGCCGGUUCCGAGUCUCAAUACGCACCGGCGUCCACUCCAAAAGAGCCCCUCUUGAAGCGUCUUAAAGGCAUUUGGCGCUUCUCCAUGAUCGUCAACUUGGCUGUGGGAGCUUACAUCUUCGCUCAUGCUGGCAAGAAAAACGGGGGGAAACAUGUGGAGAAUGUCGAGAAAGCAAAGCCCGAGUCUUUGCUGGAAGAAUACUCUGAUCCUUACGACUCCAUAGUCGAGAAAUUAACUCCUCUCCAUAGGGAGCCAAUAUCUGAAGAUCAGCAGCGUGAGCUCUUCAAGUGGAUGUUGGAAGAGAAGCGGCAAAUGAAGCCUAGCGAUCGUGGAGAGAAGAAAAGGGUUAAUGAAGAGAAGGCCAUUCUCAAAAAAUUUAUCGGCGCCAAGACAAUUCCGAGGAUUUAAUUCAGAAGUGUCUGUUCUGACUUUCAACAGGAUGCCACUUUUACUACGAGGCAUUGAUUUGUUGAACACGAAUCAUUCUAACUCGAUUUCAAUCCAGCCAUGUGUCUUUUAAACUUCAUUGCCCAACUGCCACACAUGAACGUAUUGAUUGAAGUUCCAUUGGUUGUUGUAAAUUCUCUGUCGUGUUCAUGUUUAUCUACCAUGUGGAAAGUGGGAAUAUACCUGUUUGGCGAGUAUGAACUUUUACCAUUGCAGUGUCAUAUCCAGAGCUCAAGUUGGUGGCAGUAUCUCUCUUGUCCACCAUUAAGAAGCUGGGGUAGUUUCCUCAAAGGAGAUUGGGAGUUUUGAGCUGAUGGAGGGAAUUUUUCAUAGAUGGGACAUUUUCUCUAACAGUUGGAAGGCACGAACGAACGUGGUCACUA